AUGUCAACUGUAUAUGUGGAUCGUGGAAUGGCAUGGUGUACAGUCGUUGGUGGUUUCGUUGCCAACGUGCUUUUGGGUGGCCUGGGGAAAUCCUACAGUCUAGUUAUGGAAGCCUUUGAAGAAGUAUUUGAGAGUGGAUCCGCCUACUUAUUUCUUGCCGGUGGUUUAAUCUAUACCUUGAUGUAUUGUUUAUCUCUGGUUAAUUAUCAUCUUUCUAAACGGUACGGAAGUCGAGCUGUUGUGGCUGUGGGUGCUUUUGGUUCGUGUAUCAGUUUGCUAAUUGCUGCCUGUUCACCGAAUCUUGCAAUAUGGGUAGUUGCUGUCGGUUUUGGAGUAGGUGCAUCACUGUCAUGUAUAUACUUUACUGUAUUCUCUGUUGUCGGUUGCUGUUUUAAACGAUAUUUGGGCCUGGCGAAUGGGAUUAGUGUGGCUGGUGUUAGUGUUGGUCAAAUGGUGUUCCCCACACUGAUUACCCAUUUGAAUGUAACAUAUGGAGCUAGAGGUGGCGCAGUUGUUAUGGCAGCUAUCUGUUUACAUUUACUUGUGACUGCCGCAUUAAUGCCACGGUAUAUCAUUGAUCCAGAUGCCCCCCCUACCGGCGGAAGUCAGUAG